CCUGAGGUAUGAGUCAUUUCAGUUGGGCGAGGAGUCCGAAGUGGAAGAAGAUUGGCAUAGCAUUGGACACUGGAUGGAGUGAGAUAGAAGAAGAGGGAGCGGAGACGAAGAACGAGACAGAAUGAGGCGGGUACUGGGUGCAAGAACUAGAAGCAGACCUGCCCACGAAGGAUUCCUCGUACGACCAAGAGAAGGCAGUCAGUCAACUCAGCCAGCAAGUGGAGAAGAUCAUCCAUCCAACCCUCCCUUCCUUCUUUCCUUCCCUACCCGUUGUUGUCUUUACUUCUCCUCGCCAUAGAUUAGCUCAAGAUCCACGGCUUAAGAGAAAAAAUCCUCGCUCUCUUUCUACCUUACUUUGAUGUCUUGUGUGUCGAUUCAUUUCUGUUAUACAUAGCAAUAGAAGUGGUAGUGGAAGGUUUGGUAGUUGUUGGAGGAGUUUAGAAUCGUUGUGUGCCAUGGGGAUGGAACCUACAGCUUUGGACCAGAAUGCCGUUCCUCUGUUAUGAAGUGAUGACUACGAUGGUGCUCGAACCCAGGGUCGAUUGACUUUGACCUUGUACUGGUUGGAGAGACGCUCAGACUGGCUUCGAUUCAAGAGAGCGACAGAGACUCCUUCCAAUCUAUUCGUCAUUGGCUUCACUUAGAUGAGAGUCAAUAUCCGCUUUUGAGUAUUGUUGCAAAUUCAAGUGGCGAGCGGUGAUCUCCAUAGAUGACUCAUCACCGUCAUCAACAUCAUGAACACCAAAGGAAAAUCCAACCUCGGUCUCUUCGAGUUCUUGGAGGAGGCCGAACUUCAGCAGUACUACAACAGUUUCAAGAACGUUCUGCAAGUACAGAAUGUCCAGCAGCUCAAAUACGUGAUCGAAGAUGACCUUUUUAACAUUGGCAUGUCCAAACCGGAAGCCCGUCGCUUACGAACCUACUUCUAUAAAGUCUGUCCUCAAAAUUAUGCCUCAAAACUGAAGAAAUUCCUCCGUCCCCGAAAAGACGAUGGGAAGCACGAACUUCUCUUAGGUGAGGAGGAUCACCCAUUUGUUUUCAAGGACCGGAGACAUUCGAUCGCUCUGGGGGGAACCAAUCGUCAAGGGUCCUCAUCAUCCACUGUUCGCGUCCCUAGUCAACAUGUGAUUCCAGCUGAAGCCAUUGCUGUCCACAAGGAAUUGGGGGCGGGUGAGUUUGGGGUGGUACAACAAGGCGUUUGGACGGACGAAGAUCAGAUGCGGCACCAAGUGGCGGUCAAAUGUCUGUGUAAGGAGAAGAUGCAAAAUAACACGUUGGCGUUCAUGAAGGAAUACGAGAUCAUGCAAGCCAUUGACCAUCCUCACGUAGUUCGGCUGUACGGAGUGGUUCUGGAUGCUUCCCAAAUCAUGCUCAUCACAGAACUGGCAUCUUUGAGGUCUCUGUUGGAGUGCCUCAAAGAACCCGCUUUGCGUAGCACUUUCACCGUGCCUUGUCUGACCGGGUUUGCUCAGCAAAUCUGCGAAGGCAUGCAAUAUCUGGAGACCAAGCGACUCAUUCACCGAGAUCUGGCCGCCAGAAAUAUCUUGGUGUUUUCCAAAAAUGUGGUGAAGGUCUCCGAUUUUGGCCUGUCUAGAGCCUUGGGUGUGGGCAAGGACUACUAUCAGACCAACUUCAAUGUGAAUCUCAAGCUGCCAAUCGCUUGGUGUGCGCCCGAGUGCAUCAAUUUCCUCAAAUUCACCUCGGCAUCCGACGUGUGGGCUUUUGGCGUGACCAUGUGGGAAAUGUUCAGCUAUGGUUUCCAACCGUGGGCUGCUCUCACCGGUCAACAAAUCCUGGAGGCCAUUGAUGAGCCCAAUUCGCAUCGACUCGAACCCCCGGUCCAUUGUCCCCGUGAACACUAUUUGAUCAUGCUUCAAUGCUGGAAGCACGAAACGCACGAGAGGCCUACUUUCGAGAAGUUGUGCUCGAUCCUCGAGGACGCCAAACCCGAGCAAGUUCAAGCUGUGACCAGUUCUGGGCACGAAGCCGGGAAACGCGACAUCCUAGAUUUUGAGUUGGGUGACGUCAUCACCGUUUUAGACAAGAGCGAGUCCAAUGGGAGCAACUCUUACUGGACGGGGGCGAUGAAUAACGGCAAAGUGGGCUAUUUCAGUCCGGCUCACACCGUGACCUACAUUGGGACAUUGCCUUCGCAAGGGAACCAUUCCAAAUGGCAACACGAGGAUAUCUACCAAAGCACGAGCGGAAACUUUCAAAGGAACUCUCUACGAGGCUCUCGAGGAUCUAAGAAGAAGAUCAGUCGAGAGAUGAUCAGUGGUCCAAGGGGAGAGGUCCAGCAUACUGGCCAUAUCGGUUUGGACGGCGCGUUCUUUGGAGACGUGGGUGCCUUUGCCACCGCCUCAUCCACCCCCGUUCCCGAGAGUUCUAGUCGGGGAGGAACCAUGACCAAGUCGUGGCAUCCCUCCAUGGGCAAGAGCAUGACGAGUGGAUUCACCACCGUGCUAAGCCGUGCUGACUCGGACGCCUCGGAACGGGCUCCCCUCAUCGCUGCUAGAGGAGGUAGUACCAGCAGUGCGGGUGGAAACAGCACCAAUGGCCAGAGUGAGGGACAGCCCCAUUGUGUAACCUCAUACUCGACUGCUUCCGAAGCUGUGGGCACGAAUAAGAAUCCAAGAAUGGGUUACGCAAUUGGUUAUCUAAGGAAAUCCAGCAACGCUAGUCAAAACAAUGACGUGCCGGAUGGAGCUCAGCCCAUCAAGCCGCACGAAUAUCACACCAUAAGUGAUGAUGAGCUCGGUGGACCACUGGAUCUGGGACCUAGUCUCAUGGACGAGGUCUUUAGCGAAUUGGACUCGUCCAAAGACUCGAAAGAAGAGACGGGCAAGCCGGUCAAGGAAUCUUGUGAAUCUCGAUCCACCUCCAAGGAGAGGAAAAGUCACCUAACCAAGCACAACAUGAAGGAGAUGAAAGAAUUGGUCUCGUCCACCCUGACGCUUCAUAAGAAGCACAAGAAAAAGCAGCAAGCCACAGUCAAGCCCAUCAAAGCGUCCGACGAAAAAACCCUUGAGAAUGCUAUCGCCAUGGCCAAUGCCUUGGCCAGUAAAUCCAUGCAUGAUCUAGACAAACGAUGCAUCGACAGUUUCUAUGACAACUCUCCCAUUCGAUCGCCAUUGACUCCCAAUUCACCCUCAAAAAAGUUUCAGUUCUGGUUCCCUGGCAAAUCUAGUCCGAAAGGAGAGCGGCGUCAUUUCUCCGAGGAAAUUCAAUCCUCGGCCGAUGUGGAAAGUAUGAUUACGCCCUCUGCCAAAGACGCCUAUCGGGCCUUAAUCGAAGGGAGUUCCAGCCGCACUAGCCUGGAUGAUGAGCCCCAUUCGCCUCGGUCCCCACCUUCACCCAUCCAUCAAAAUCAACCAGGAGCAAGUUCCUUCACGUUUGGGACCAAGGGACGCUCCUUGAGCGACACCAAUGGAAAUGCCACCAAUGCAGCCUCAACCAACUCGGGCCAGAAUCCGUUGCCUUUGCCCCCCAAGACGACCACACUGGACCUUAGUGCGCCCCCCAAAAGACAUGUCAGAAAGAAUCCUUUAAUUAUCCCUUCCGGAAUGGCGGCCAAUAUCCUUCGACGGGAAUCCACAGCCAAUGAGAAUAUUGAUUUGCAGAUGAACCAACACAACCACAACCACCCCUCAACAAGCGUACUGGACCCGGACCCUAAUUCCAAUUACUCUGGACAUUCCCUAACUCAUCUAACAAGUGUGCCUGUGAGACAACAUACCACUAGCACUGCUAACUCCAUUGCCUCGACCACUCGGGCCUCCUCAACGUACUUCCAGAGAAAGGCUUCCCUGCCCGCUUAUUCCGGAUUCUCUCCUCACGCAGCGUCGUCUACUCAUGUGUCAUCCGUACCUGACAACAAUCACUCACUUUCUAGACGACGAACCAGCCCAUAUCAGAGUUUGCCCGCGACCAAUCCAUCUUCGCUUCGAUCAAGUAAAAACUUGGAGGACCACGAGGAUCAGAUCUCAUCGGAUGCCUUUGAAAACGCGAUUGCUUGCAGCAUGGAUGCCUUGGAUAACAUCCCUGAUACCAUUAUCGAUAGUAGCCAUAGUCCAAGACAAGGGGCCACCCAAGUCAAUUACUACAACCAAGACCAUGUCUCUUGCGAGGAUCUUCUGGACUUUCGGCCAAAUAUUCGGCGUACACGCGGGAAAGCUAGAGGCUUACAUUCGGAUGAGGUGCGAAUCAUGAAGAAGGUCUUGGGUACGGACAUCUCAGACGAAGAUUGCGUCCGAUCCUUGGACAGCACGGAUUGGGAUGUUCAUCAUGCGAUCAAGCUGGUCAAAUUGAAGAAUCUGAUCAAAUUCCCGGAGGUUUCGGACGAAGACAUGAAGAUUGCCCUGCAAACUCGAGAUUGGGAUGUGGCCAAAGCUGCCAAUGUACUCAUGAAGAAGUUGAAAGAGUAGUUGUUACAAGCCAAGAAAGCGACCUAUUUUCAUCUAUAUUCUCUGCUUCAGUGCCAUGCAAUCAAUCCCGUCUGUUAUAUUGGUAAUUAAAAAGAAUUGAAGAACAAAUUCGAAUACCAAAACUCUGAUUUGAUGGUUUCA